CCCCGGCGGCGCCCGCUCCUGCCCCCCCCCGCCAGGAAGCUGUUCCUCCAGUCCCAGAUGUUGGAAAUCCACGAGUCAGGCAAUGGAAAUGGGGCCCGAGAGAGGCUGGGGUUCUCUGUGCACUCUCCUGACACCUGCCUAGGCAUUCAUGUGCUUUUUCUCACCACCACAAAGAGAAGAGAGGGACACACAGAGCACAGGGGGGUGAAGGGCUGCCCUCAGAUCACAGAAGGAGUCAGUCGGCAAGGCAGCCUCAAAGCCGGCUCAUGGAGACUGGGCAGAUAGCCCCGUGCUUAAAUCGGUGAGGGAGAUCCACAGGCAGAGGAAGGCAUUGACAGCCCAGGAGGAAUAAUGGGGAAGAGCCUGAUGCUGCUUGAUAAAGAAGAGACCAAAAGCAGGCGGUUGAGGACGUUUGGGACCUGUUCGGUGGAAGCGGCCAUGUCGCGAGCAACUCACCCACCCACCUUCCCAGUGAGCUUCCAACUCCUGAGCGUUUUGCUGGUGUUGCUCUUCCAUGCAGAUGGCAUACAUGGGGAGAGCCCCAGCGAACUGCCUGUGAAUGACACCGAGGAGUGCACUGGCUCAUACAUCUGCAAAAAGGGUGUGAUUUUGCCAAUAUGGGAACCCCAAGAUCCCUCAUUCGGUGACAAAAUUGCUCGGGCAACAGUGUAUUUUGUAGCGAUGGUGUACAUGUUCCUGGGAGUAUCUAUCAUAGCUGACCGCUUCAUGUCCUCCAUCGAAGUCAUUACAUCCCAAGAGCGGGAAAUAACCAUCAAGAAGCCCAACGGCGAGACCAGCAAAACCACGGUGAGGAUCUGGAACGAGACCGUUUCCAACCUCACGCUGAUGGCCUUGGGCUCGUCCGCCCCCGAGAUCCUCCUGUCUGUUAUUGAAGUGUGUGGCCAUGGCUUCACGGCAGGGGACUUGGGGCCAAGCACAAUUGUGGGGAGUGCUGCAUUUAACAUGUUUGUCAUCAUUGCGAUCUGUGUUUACGUUGUUCCAGACGGAGAGAUAAGGAAGAUCAAGCACUUGCGAGUGUUUUUUGUCACAGCGGCAUGGAGCAUCUUUGCUUACACUUGGCUUUACAUUAUUUUAUCUGUGUCUUCUCCUGGGAUUGUGGAGGUUUGGGAAGGCUUGCUCACCUUCUUCUUCUUCCCCAUCUGUGUGGUGUUUGCCUGGAUAGCUGACAGGAGGCUUUUAUUUUACAAGUACGUCUACAAGAAAUACCGAGCUGGCAAGCAGAGAGGCAUGAUCAUUGAGCAUGAGGGUGACCGUCCCUCCUCCAAAGCUGAUAUUGAGAUGGACGGAAAGGUUGCUAAUUCUCAUGUGGAGAACUUUUUGGAUGGGACACUGGUGUUGGAGGUGGAUGAGAAAGACCAGGAUGAUGAGGAAGCCAGGAGGGAAAUGGCUCGGAUUCUGAAGGAGCUGAAACAAAAGCACCCCGACAAGGAAAUUGAACAGCUUAUAGAGCUGGCCAACUACCAGGUCCUGAGCCAGCAGCAGAAGAGCAGGGCCUUUUACCGCAUUCAGGCCACUCGGCUCAUGACAGGAGCUGGCAACAUCUUGAAGAGACAUGCUGCAGACCAGGCCCGUAAAGCUGUCAGCAUGCAUGAGGUCAACAGUGAGGUGGCAGAAAAUGAUCCCAUCAGCAAACUCUACUUUGAGCAGGGUACCUACCAGUGUCUGGAGAACUGUGGCACUGUCGCCCUGACCAUCGUUCGCCGGGGAGGCGACUUGACCAACACGGUGUACGUUGACUUCCGGACAGAGGAUGGGACGGCCAAUGCCGGCUCUGACUAUGAGUUCACUGAAGGGACAGUGGUCUUCAAGCCUGGAGAGACCCAGAAGGAAAUCCGUGUUGGCAUAAUUGAUGAUGACAUAUUUGAGGAGGAUGAGAACUUCCUGGUCCAUCUCAGCAACAUCCGCGUGAGCACUGAGGCCUCGGAUGAGGGCAUUCUUGAGGCCGGUCGUGUCUCAACACUUGCCUGCCUGGGAUCACCAUCUACUGCCACCGUCACCAUCUUUGACGAUGACCACGCUGGCAUCUUCACCUUUGAGGAGCCAGUAACACAUGUCAGUGAAAGUGUGGGGACCAUGGAAGUGAAAGUGUUGCGAACCUCUGGUGCACGAGGAAAUGUUAUUGUGCCCUACAAAACCAUUGAAGGCUCAGCCAAAGGUGGAGGAGAGGACUUUGAAGACACCUGCGGGGAGCUGGAGUUCCAGAACGAUGAGAUAGUCAAAACGAUAUCAAUCAAGGUGAUAGAUGAUGAGGAGUAUGAGAAAAACAAGACCUUCUACCUAGAGAUCGGGGAGCCCCGGCUUGUGGAGAUGAGUGAGAAGAAAGCCCUGUUGUUGAAUGAGCUUGGUGGCUUCACCAUCACAGAGGAGGAUGAAGAAAAGCAGCCGCUGACCAGCAAGGAGGAGGAAGAGCGUCGAAUCGCCGAGUUGGGGCGCCCGGUCCUGGGGGAGCACACCAAGCUCGAAGUCAUCAUUGAGGAAUCCUACGAGUUCAAGAACACGGUGGACAAGCUCAUUAAGAAGACGAACCUGGCCCUGGUGGUUGGCACAAACAGCUGGAGGGAGCAGUUUAUUGAGGCUAUUACUGUCAGCGCAGGGGAAGAUGACGAUGACGAUGAAUGUGGGGAGGAGAAGCUGCCCUCCUGCUUCGACUACGUGAUGCACUUUCUGACUGUCUUCUGGAAGGUCCUUUUUGCCUUCGUGCCCCCGACAGACUACUGGAAUGGCUGGGCUUGCUUUGUUGUCUCCAUCCUCAUGAUCGGCCUCCUGACAGCUUUCAUCGGUGACCUGGCAUCCCACUUUGGCUGCACCAUUGGCUUGAAGGACUCGGUCACCGCGGUCGUGUUUGUCGCACUGGGGACGUCAGUGCCAGACACGUUUGCCAGCAAAGUAGCAGCGACGCAGGACCAGUAUGCGGAUGCCUCCAUCGGGAACGUCACCGGGAGCAAUGCCGUGAACGUUUUCCUGGGUAUCGGGGUGGCCUGGUCGAUCGCAGCCAUCUACCACGCGGCGCACGGACAAGCCUUCCAAGUCUCGCCUGGCACCCUGGCCUUCUCCGUCACCCUCUUCACCAUUUUUGCUUUUAUCAGUGUGGGCGUGCUGCUCUACCGGCGGAGACCCGAGAUUGGAGGUGAGCUGGGCGGGCCGCGGACUUCCAAGCUGCUCACAUCCUCACUCUUUAUCCUCCUCUGGCUCUUGUACAUAUUCUUCUCAUCUCUGGAAGCCUACUGCCACAUAAAGGGCUUCUAAAGGGACAAUCAGAGAUAGUAAAUAUAUAUAUAUCUAUAUGUAUCUAUAUAGAGUGAUAUAUAGGUAUAGAUAUAGAUAUAACGCUGUGUAUAAUGAACAGAGAAAGAAUAAAAGAGAUUUGCCAUGUUCACACACCUGCUGAUGGAAAGCGGCUUUGGAGCAUCCUUUGAACUAGGCAGGACCCCAAAGCCAGCGGGACUCCUCCCCGGGCAGCGGCCCCGGCCAGGAGCCCGGCGGCAGGGCCCUCUCUGCAACUCUACCAACAAGAGCAGCUGAUAGGCACCGAGCCCUUUCCCAUCGCUCUCUCCCACCCGCCGACCCCCCGGGAGGAUGGAUGCGAAGGCGACCGGGGCAUGUUGGUUCGGGGAAGGCCAGAGUAGCUGGUGAGAAACAGAGCAGUGGGCGAGGGAAGGAGAGGAAAGCGAGGGUCCUGAUCUCCGACCACCAUCCGCCUGCCUUCGCCACUCAGGAACGUCCCCUCUGGCCCUGUUGGAGAGAAGCGAGAGACCGGACUGAAGAGAAGGGGAAAUUGGGAGCUUUCUAAGGAUAGAACACAAACCGUUUUCGUCAUUGAUUUGGGGUUGGGUUUGGGUUUUUUUUGUUUGUUUGUUUUGGCGUGUGUACAACUAGCAUUUCCCCCUCACAUGCCCCUCACCUUUCCCCCUCCGUGCUUUGGGGAUGCGCAGCCGCAACCUCGUGUCCAGUGUCCUAAGCCGAGGCUGCGCGGAGUGGCGGGGGCCUUCCUCCCGCCUCGUCUGCCUCCUCGGGCAUGCUGUCGUGGUAUUUGUAACAUUUGCAUGAAUGAAAUGAACCCUAUCUGUAUAUAGCAUCCUAUAGCGAUAGUCCUUCCAGCCAUGUGGGUUGAGCAUUGCAGAUACAAGUGUUUUCUUUUCACUGGGUUUUAUUUAUUUUGUUUAGUUUAGUUUCGCCAUAGGUUUUUGUUCGUUCGUUUGUUUCCUCUUAGCGGGGGGUAAAAGGAGGGAAAGCUGUCCCCAUUUAUUGCUCCGCGCGUGGGUCCAUGAGAAGCAAUAACAGCCACACAGAUGUAGGUUUUCAGGGGAGGAAAACCCAUACCCCAGCGACUGCAGGCUCCAUCCCACUGCGUGGCUGGGGUGCCCCCCCACAGCGGCCAGUCCAGGACAUGGCUGAAGCUGGCGUGAAGGCCUCCACCAUCCGCAGGAGGUUUUACACAAGGUCCCAGGGAGCCUGAGCGGGAUGAGCAGCGUCCGAGCCCAAGGGGGGGGUGAGCAUGGCUGGCUCCCAGCACCUCACCUGCCUAUGCCUUUAUAGCCAGUGGCUGCCUCGGAACCCCGAUAUUUCCUGUGUCCCCAGAGGUCUAGUGACAGCCCCUGUUUCUGAGCGUUAAGCCAUCAGGACCAGUCCCCGAAGCUGGUCCUUUCCCACAGCCAUUUGGAGGCAGAAUAAUUCAGCGUAAGGGCUGAAGGGCCAUAACGAGAUCUCCCACGCCGCUGAGCGUAACCGGGAAGCAUCCACCAAGGAAAAAGGCCACAUUUUGCACUGUCCGAAUCUGAAAUCAACGGGAAGGAUGAGACAGGGAGGUGUAACUCAGCAUCACCCCCCGACUCCAGCAGUGGGGGCUGGGGUAACGAGCCCAGCGCAGGGAGGUGUGGGUGUAGAGCCCCCUUGGGCGCAGCACAGGGCUGACACUGUGCGCCGGUGUUGAGAGAUCUCUUCUUACCCUACGCCCUUCGCCAGGCUUCCUGGUGUCCCAGCCAGGCAAACGCCCAGCCUGCACGUCCACUGGUGAUCUCUUCCCACCCAGCUGAAAACCACGUCUGAUGCUUGCACCAUAACCGAUUGGCUGGGGGUAUUUGUACUCAUUUUGAACAAUCUGUGGAAAUUUUUGUAACCUGUUGUAAGAUUUUCUCUAGGAAUAUGAAGUUGUGGGGGUUUUGUUUUUUUUUUUCUUCUCGAGCCUUUUUUCACUUUUGGUGGGCUUUGGGGGUUUUCUUUUUGUUUCUCGUUAUUUUGAGGGAAGAAUCAAACACAGGCGCAGGUUGUUCAGGUUUAUGAUUACCGUUAUGUACAAUGAUUUCAUUUUCAUCUGUUUGGCUUCAUUGAUUUUUCUUUGUGUGUAUUGCCCACCACUAUAGGCAGUGAGUCCACUAAUUGUGAUGAUCCUUAUCAAUGCUACACAAUGCACAGACAAAUAAAGUUUGUAACGAUUCCUGAUGGA